AAAAGAAAAGAAAAAAAGAGUGAUUGAGAAAGGUAUAAGAAAAUCAAGACGUAUUCUCGAAAAAUGAGUUGUUGUUCUUGCUUCUCUUCUCCUGAAAAAAGGGUCUCUAAAAGAUCAAGUUUUAGCAAAGGAUCGCCACAGCCAACUAUGUCUCCUCGUAAUAAAGAAACCUAUAGUGCAGCACCGGCACGGUCUGCCGAGAAUCCGAAAGCAAAGACCAAAGGAGGCAACUCUAGUAUUCCGGCACAGACUUUUACAUUCCGAGAACUGGCGACGGCUACAAAGAAUUUCCGACAAGAAUGUCUCAUUGGUGAAGGAGGUUUCGGAAGAGUUUACAAGGGAAAACUCGACAAGACCAACCAGGUGGUGGCUGUGAAGCAACUUGACAGAAAUGGGUUGCAAGGAAACCGAGAAUUUCUUGUAGAAGUGUUGAUGUUGAGUCUCUUACAUCAUCAGAAUCUCGUAAAUCUUAUUGGAUAUUGUGCUGAUGGAGACCAAAGACUUCUGGUUUACGAGUACAUGGCUUCUGGAUCUCUUGAUGGUCAUCUAUUAGAACACCCACCAGAGCAAAAGCCAUUAAAAUGGUUCUCAAGAAUGAAAAUAGCAUUAGGUGCUGCUCAAGGACUAGAGUAUUUGCAUGACAAAGCUAGUCCUCCGGUGAUAUAUCGAGACCUGAAAUCAUCAAACAUUUUGCUGGACGAGGAGUUUAAUGCAAAAUUAUCUGAUUUCGGACUGGCCAAGCUAGGACCUGUCGGGGAUAGAUCACAUGUUUCUUCCAGAAUAAUGGGAACCUAUGGUUACUGUGCUCCAGAGUAUCAAAGAACAGGGCGUUUGACAAUUAAAUCAGAUGUGUACAGCUUUGGAGUUGUUUUGCUGGAGUUGAUUACAGGAAGAAGAGUCAUUGACAAUACCAGACCAAACGAGGAACAAAAUCUAGUCACUUGGGCACAACCAAUGUUCAAGGAGUCAAAAAGAUACCCAGAACUUGCUGAUCCACUUCUACGUGGAGAAUUCCCCAUUAGAAGCCUAAAUCAAGCAGUUGCAGUGGCUGCAAUGUGUCUACAAGAGGAUGCAGGAGUUCGACCAUUGAUGAGUGACGUUGUUAGUGCUUUGAGUUUCCUCGGAGCUUGUCCAGAAGUAGGCACUGUUACACCUUAUUCUUUUUCUUCUUCGCCAUCAGAAUCAAAGGCUGCAGAAAGCACACGAGAACAAGAAUUAGGAAACGCCAUGGGAUGGGGCUCAUUUUCAAGGCUUGAAGCAUCGCUAUCACAACGUGGAAGUACUUCUUCAUUGUAAUUUGUCAUCUUUUGCAUGUAUAUGGAUGGAUUAUAUGAACCCACAUGAUGAUGGUGAGUAGCUGAAAAGAAGAUGAUGAAGAUGAUGAUGAUGAUGAGUUUCUGAGACAGAGCACAAGGGUUUUAAAAGAACUCAUCAAUGGCGUAAAAGGACAGAAGUUUUGGAUAGUUUCAGUUGUUCUGCUGUAAUUUGUCACUUGUGAGGCUUGAUCUAUC